UGAUUGACAACGCAAACGCAACUGAAAAGAUGCAUCUAACUGUCACCACUCGCCACAGCCCGCACCACAAGUAUUUAAAUUUGAGCUAAUCCAUCGCUGGACCAUUUGUAAAUGUACAAUUAACUCUUAACCUUUUCCUUUCUCUUCUCUCUCUCUCUCUCUCCGUCUCAAUUUAAAUCACUUGCUAAUUACUACCAUUAAUCUCUUUUUAUUUUUGCUGCAUUAUCCAUUGCAUUGUAAACCGUUAGUUGAAUCGUCCCAAAAUAAGAACUCGCCGAAACCGCAGCCCCCAAUUAUUUCCUACCAGCUUCAUUCAGGAUUUAAAACAAGCACCUCUUCUGCUUUUGGAUUCCAUUGAAAGGAAAAGUUUAGUUUAUUUUUUGGAGUUUUUUUUUUCUCUCGUUGUCUCGCUCAAAGGAGCUCGCUUCCUCUGUUCUUUCUCUGACCCUUCUACCAUGGCGUUUUCCCUUCGCCUUCGCAGCAGCUGAUUUCGCUCUUCCUUUUCCCCUUUCAGAUGCUUUUGGCAAUUGGUUCUGGUUGGCCAAAGAUACAACUUGAGCUUGAGGGCAUUUUGGGAAUUUUUCUUUGACGAUCUUGUAAUUAUAUAUAUAUAUAUUUUAUAAAAAAAAACUUUUCUUUUACUACGUGGAUGAGGCUUGUGACGAGAAAGACUAGUUUUUGACGUCUUUGAAAUAAACUGUGUUUCGUAAUUUGUUUUCAAAAAAAAAAAAACUGUGUUUCGUAAUUUCAAAAUUGAUGGAGAAAAAUAAUAAUAUGCAUUUCCUAAUAGAUCUAUUAAACUGAGUAGUAGAUCUAUUUUAUAAAAUAUUUUAACUCAUUCAUUUUCUUUUUUAAAUAUUUCGUCGUUCGCAUUAUGCACCUCAACAUAGUGGAAGAGGAUCUGAUGAGACUUGCAUGUCUGGAAUCAUAAAUCCUGAAUUCGUUUCUGGGAUUUGGAUCAUUGUUGUGGUAAAAAACUUUAGCAAAUGGAUGACAAUGGUGGCAGCAAGGUGACAGGAAUUCGGCAGAUUGUUAGGCUAAAGGAAAUUAUCCAGAAGUGGCAAUCUGUUACACUUGGCUCCAAGGCGACAACCCCCAGGAGGAGCAACAGUACUAGUCAUGGGGGAAUUUCGCCUGCAAUUAAUAAAAGGAUAGCGGAAAUUAAGAAUUGUUGUGAUUCAGACGAGGAAAGCUGCCACAGCCCUGAUCCGCCACCUGAUGUCCCCAAAGGGUAUCUAGCGGUUUAUGUAGGACCAGAGCUUCGGAGGUUUAUUAUCCCCACUAGCUACCUGAGCCAUUCUUUGUUCAAAGUUUUGCUAGAAAAGGCUGAAGAAGAGUUUGGAUUUGAUCAUAGUGGCGGGCUCACACUCCCCUGCGAGAUUGAGACCUUUAAGUUUCUCCUGAAAUGCAUGGAGCACCAUCCUAAAGAUCACCAAGAUGACAGCACAACUGGAGAAAAUUCUUUAACCAUUGAAGAAUAAUUAUGCUGGUUUGUGUAGUCAUCGAGAUUUUAUGCCUGGGCACAGUCACAGAUGUUAAGCUAAGCUGUUGCUCCUUGCAUGCAGAUAAUAUUUUUUUUCUUUUAUUGACAAACAAUAGGAAACUUUUGUUAGAAUUGAACGAGGUUAAGUUUCUCCACUCUUUUUGUUGGGAUCGAUGUGGACUGCACAUCUGAUGUUUUUAUUGAGCCUCAAAAAGAUGUAUUAUUGAGCAAAAUUAUAUCAAAAUAAUAUUAAUUUCUUAUAUUUCC